CAUUCUGAAUACCUUUGUAACCCUGUUGGACAUAUAUAAACAUGUUUAGCUGCUGGAAGAAAUGCGUGUAGAUGCCCAAACGUGUAAUGUAAGCGUUACAUGAUCGUUGUAUAAUUAGCAACGUCAACGAGCUUGUUGCUUCUUGCCACAACCCAACCAGUGGCUGAAAUUUCAGAAACCUAGCAUGCAUUUACAGGGAAUAGACAGCCAUUUAUGUUUGCAGUUAUGCUAGCACUAGCGUUUGUGCUAACUUACCAGCAACACCGAGUAUUAGCUUCCCGUGAUAUGCUAGCUGGUAUCCAUAGAGAGUGAUACAAGCUGAGCGCGACACACGGCGCCGUCGUGACCCGCUUUUAUUUGGACCAGGUGAACCAGUGCUGAAAUCGCAACUCGUCGUGAUCAAGUAAGCGGCGAUGAGGCAAUACGGAGCGUCGGAAAAUAAACACCAAAAUGGACGAUGAUCUAUUCCAGCUGAGACAGCUACCUGUCGUCCGCUUCCGUCACACGGGGGAGAGCGCACGCUCAGAGGAUGAUUGCGAAAGUCAAGAGCCAUUUGCAGCGGUGCGGGCGGCAGAGCCGAAAGAGAUGGAGUCUGUAGCCCUCGCAGAUGGAGCUCCGGUCCCUCGGGAGUUUGCCAACCCAACUGAUGACACAUUCAUGGUCGAGGAUGCUGUUGAAGCCAUCGGCUUUGGGACCUUCCAGUGGAAGCUCUCCAUCCUCACUGGUCUGUCCUGGAUGGCAGACGCAAUGGAGAUGAUGAUUCUAAGCAUCUUAGCUCCACAGCUUCACUGCGAAUGGAGACUACCAAGUCUGGAGGUGGCAUUUCUCACAUCGGCGGUGUUUAUUGGAAUGAUGAUCAGCUCCUCCCUUUGGGGAAACAUAUCUGACAAGUACGGACGAAAGACAGGUCUGACAAUGAGUGUGUUUUGGACGAUGUUCUAUGGUCUGAUGAGUGCUUUUGCACCGAUCUAUGCUUGGAUCCUCUUCCUCCGCGCUCUGGUGGGCUUUGGCAUCGGUGGAGCGCCACAGUCGGUUACAUUGUAUGCUGAAUUUCUUCCCAUGAAGUCCAGAGCAACUUGUAUAUUGCUCAUUGAGAUAUUCUGGGCACUGGGCACAGUGUUUGAGGUCCUUCUUGCUAUUCUAGUGAUGCCUUCUCUGGGCUGGCGUUGGCUCCUCGGCCUCUCUACCAUCCCCCUUUUCAUAUUUGCCAUCCUAUGUUUUUGGCUACCUGAGAGUGCUCGAUACGAUGUGUUGACGGGGAAUCAAGAAAAAGCUCUGGCUACUUUGAAGCGGAUUGCCGUGGAGAAUGGUGUACCCAUGCCGCUGGGAAAACUCAUUGCAGCCAAACAAGAGGAUCGUGGGAAGAUUCGUGACUUGUUCUCGUCGCACUUCCGCUGGACAACAGUUCUUCUGUGGUUUAUUUGGUUUGCAAAUGCCUUCUCGUAUUACGGCCUUGUGUUGCUCACCACAGAGCUCUUUCAGGAGGGAGGUGCAUGUGGAAUGUCCAGUGGUAAUAAGAUGGAACUCAGAUGCAGCUUGGAGUGUAAAUAUUUGAACAGUGAUGACUACAAAGACCUGUUGUGGACAACCUUAGCGGAAUUCCCAGGGCUGUUGGUGACUUUGUGGGCGAUCGAUCGGUUAGGAAGAAGGAAGACCAUGGCCUUGUGUUUCCUUGUCUUCUCUCUGUGCAUCAUUCCACUCUAUGGUUGUGUGGGGAGAGCAUCCAUGACAGUGCUGAUAUUCAUUGCCAGAGCUUUCAUCGCAGGAGGAUUCCAGGCUGCCUAUGUGUAUACACCAGAGGUUAAUUCCAGUCUUCACAUUGACAGUGCAAUGAAUAGGAUUAGUCCAAUGUCAACCAAUUCAAUACGGCUGUCAAGGACAGAGAGAAGUAGUAGGACAUUCACCGUGUUUUCUGAUGUUCAACAGGUGUAUCCAACUGCAACCAGGGCUUUAGGCUUGGGAACAAGCAGUGGAAUGGCGAGAGUUGGUGCACUCAUCACACCUUUUGUUGCACAGGUGUUGUUGGAGUCGUCUGUGUAUUUGGCUCUCUCGGUUUACUGCUGUUGCUGCCUGCUUGCCGCUAUCGCGUCUUGCGCACUGCCAAUUGAGACAACGGGACGAGGCCUGCAGGAAUCCAGCCAGCGUCAGUGGGGCCAGGAGAUGAUGGGCCGAGCCUCUUCCUCACAAAACACGGGGCCAAUCCCUCAUUCCAGCUCCGGCUCCCAGGGCUGAGCAAUGUUUGAGAUUAUUACAGUGAAUCGUGAAAGGACAAAAAAAGCUGCAGCAGCUUUUCACAAGUCCCAUCUACAGUCUACGCACUAAAGCGACUUCAGAGAGGAAGGCCCGCACAAAAUGUCAUGUCACUGCACUAAAGAGUCUUCAUCCACCAUUGCCAUCCCUUUUGCCACUGUAAAACUGCAACAGAAUGGCUGGAAUGCAUGGCAUUCAGGUCUGGCCGAAGAAAGGGUGAAGGCAAGUGAGGUCUGUCAGUCUCAGAAAUGGAGAAAAAAAAA